AUGAUGAAUUCUAUAUGGAAAUGUAUUUGUGGUGAUAAACCAAGAGAAGAAAAUAAAAUAAGAGAUAUUUCAUUAACAAUGAAUUAUCUUUCAUUACCUGCACAAAAUAACAAUACGAAUAAACCACGAGCUCAAGUAAUUUUAGCUCCUCAACAUGGUUUAAUGGAUUGGAUAAGAAAAAUGAAUAAUACACCAAAUUUGUCUGGUACAAAUGGAAAAUUAUUAAGUAUUACAGAAGAAGAAUUAGCUAAACAUAAUAAAAAAACUGAUUGUUGGACUGCUAUUUCAGGACAUGUUUAUAAUAUAACUCCAUAUCUUGAUUUUCAUCCAGGUGGUGUUGAUGAAAUAAUGAAGGGUGCUGGUAUUGAUGGAACUACACUUUUCCAAGAUAUACAUCCAUGGGUAAAUUAUGCUUCAAUGCUUGAAAAAUGUCUUGUUGGUCGAUUGAUAACUAAACAUAAUCCAAAAGAAACAUCAUUAAUUAAAUCAAAAUCUUUACUAAAUCGACUUCGAUUUGAUUUUUGUCAAUUAAAUACAAACAGUUUAACACUUUUCAUAUAUACCACAUGUAUAAAAUUAACCGUAGAAAAUGUUUUUGUUCAUAUUGAAAAUUCAAAAAAAAUUGUUAUUCUUAUUUAUAUUGAUGGACAUAUUCAUACAAUAGCUAUAGAUUUAUUUGAAUUAAUAACAAAUGAUUUUACUGUUCGUAUUUCAUCGAAUAGUCGAAGUCAAAUUGAAAUUGAUUUAAACAAACAAGUUGAUCAAAUGUGGAAAUCAAUUGGAAAAUUUCUACCGAAUCAUUUAUCUAUAUGUACUAUACAAGAUUUUGAACCUAUAUACUUUACUACUACUCUCAUUAAACGAACUCCAGUGACACAUGAUACAGAUUGGUAUACAUUUUCAUUACCAUCGAAUAUAUUUAUGUUACCUCCAAUCGGUUAUCAUAUUCGAUUAAGGCAACCAAAAGAUGGUUGUAUUGAGUUUUUUCUUUGUAUUUUUAUUUAUUUAUUAUUUUUAUCAUUAUUUCAUUCAGGUAUAAUUAUUGUAAAACCUUAUACAGUAGUAAAAAGAUUAAAUGAUGAACAAAAUUCAUCAUCGGAACAUACCAUUGAAUUAUUAGUUAAACAUUAUCGAGAUGGAAUAAUGUCGACAACGUUACAAAAGCUAAAUAUUAGUGAUACUAUUGACAUGAGUUCAUAUGAAGGCACAUUUGAUAUUCAAAGAAUUGAUAUGUGUCAAACACUUAUUCUUAUUGCAGCUGGUACUGGUUUUACACCAAUGAUUCGAAUUAUAAAUUAUGUUAUUAAACAAACUAAUAAUGGAAAACAUAUAAAUGUAUUUUUAUUAUUUUUUAAUAAAACUGAAAAGGAUAUUUUAUGUCGAGAAGAAUUAGAAACAAUAUCGAAACAAUAUAAGCUCAUCGUACAUUAUAUUCUUUCUGAACCUGAUACGGAAUGGACAGGUGAGACUGGCUAUAUUCGAGGUGAACUUCUUCAUCGAUUACUUCCAUCAUCACCUUCGAAAGAUCAUGACACUCAAACACUUGUUUGCAUUUGUGGACCAGCACCAUUUACAGCAUUAGCUGUUGAUUUAUUUAAAGAACAAAAUUAUAACGAUAAUCAUUUACAUGUAUUUCUUGCUUGA